AUGUCGAGCCGUUUGGCGGCUUCUCGAAUUGUUCAAGCUGGUCGAGGAAUUGGGCAACCAACUGCAUUUGGAAAACGAAUGGAUCGAUUAACGAAUCGAGUUUGGGGAGAAGUUGUUAUGCCGACUGAUGUUAAAAGUUUGAAGGUUAGUAUUUUUGGUGGAUUUUUGGUUUAAAAAAUGGAAAUCUUAUAAAAAAAAGUUAUUUAUCUGGGUUUGAAAAUUGAAAGAAAACCCAUAUAGAAAAAAAUCAAAAUUUCCCGAUUUUCAAUUUUUUCUCAAAUUUAUGUACUCGUUUUCUGCUCCUUGACAUUUUUUGGAAUAAUCUUGCCAAUUUUAAUUUAAUUUUUUUUUCCAAAAAUCUCUCCCAAUUUUUGAAACCUAAUUGAAUUAUUAUUAUUUUGUAUAGAAUUUCUAUUCUGACUAAAAUACAAAAUUGGAACAGUGAAUUUUUUUGUUGAAAAAAAAUCAAAAUUUUGGGAACUUUACUACCAAAUUCAAAACAAAAUUCACUCCCAAUUUUGCAGGUUGUCCGUGUAAUGUCAGCUGAACCAUAUGAACAAAAAGAUCAAUUAUCACCCGAAUAUUAUCCAAAUCUACCAAUGUUCCAUUAUUUGACAAAAAUGCUUCGAUUCCAUGGAUUAUUUUUCGAUGAUCACGUUGUUUUUAGAGAGGUUCAAGAUAAUUUGAAAACAAUUCGCGGAAAAGUUGUUCGACCGCCAAUUGGACAAGGAAAACGAGCACAAUUACGUGGCAAAAAAUAAUUGUUGUUUUAUUAAAAAAUUUAAUUGUUUCUAGGUCUCUUUAUUGAAUAGAAUUGAAAAUAAAAUAACAAAUAUCUAUGACUCUUCUUUUUUUUCCGAAUAAAUAAACGGUCUUUCCGAUUAAUUCUCUCUCUGUUUCUUAUCAUUUUUGUCACGUUUUUCUCCUGUUUAAAAGUUUAGAAAUGGUUUUUUUCUAGAAAUGAAAAGAUCAUCGACUGGAAAACUAAAGGAGAAAAAUAAUAUGGAAUCACAAUCGGAUACGGAUUUAUUUGGAAGACCGAUAAAAUCGAAUGGAACUUGGGAUGCUGUGGUAAUUUUUUUAUAGAUUUCAGAAGAUUUAUGUUGUUAAUUCGUGGUUUUUUUUCAGGAAAAUGAUCUACUCGUAUUCACACAUGAUGAUUGUAAGCCGAAUGAAAAAGUAGCGUGUUUUGAUAUGGAUGGAACACUUAUUGAAACGAAAUCUGGAAAAGUUUAUCCAGUUGAUACCAGAGAUUGGAGGUUUGUUCUAAAAAGAAAUAAUUGAAUAAAAAAAUUAUAUUUUCCCGAAAUUCGGAAUUUUUAUCUUAAAAAAAUUUCUGGAAUAAUAAUAGUUUAUUCAUAAUACAUAGUUAUUUGACCCGAGCUCGUACCCGAAAAUGAUUAUUUACAUAAUAUGACAAGUUUAAAGAAAAAUUAUGACUAAAAUAUACCUUUUGGUCCAAUUUUUUUAAAUUUAUAAAUUUUGGACCUAAAACACUUCACUUUUUUAUAAGUUUAAAAUUGCCACGUGGAAUUUCAAAGUUGAAAUUUAGAAUUUUGGAAUUUUUGAUCCACAAUUUUUAUGGGAAAGUUUCACGUUUGAAAUUUCAAUCGAAACAUUUUCCAAAAUCCAUCGAAUUCAUAUCUUUCUCUCAAAUAAUUAUUUACAACUUCCCCCGCUCCACCAAAACAAUCUGAAAACCUUCCAGACUUCUCUAUUCGGAUCUUCCCUCAAAAAUGCGAGCGGUUCACGAAGACGGCUAUAAAAUUGUGAUAUUCACCAAUCAAAAAGGUGUUCAACUCGGAAAAGUCGACAAAAAUCUUUUCAAACGAAAAAUCGAGCAAAUUAUUGCGAAAAUUGGUGUCCCAAUUCAAGCAUUUCUUGCAACUUCUGGAGGAAUUUAUCGAAAACCGUGUAUUGGAAUGUGGAAUGAUUUGAAAGAGAGAAAUGGUGAUGUUGAAAUAUCGAUUGAGAAAAGUUUAUUUGUUGGAGAUGCGGCUGGAAGACAUAAGAGUAAUGUAAGAGAGUUGGAAAACAUUUCACUCUGAAAAUGAUUUUUUUUCCAGAUUCGCCCCAAAAAAGAUCAUUCUCACGCUGAUCGCUAUUUCGCCCUCAAUGUCGGCCUCAAAUUCUUCACCCCCGAACAAUUUUUCGAGAAAAAGAUGAAUGAUGAACCAUGGGGACCACCGUCUUUUGACCCGAAAGGUUUAUUUUCGGAAAGUUUGGGUUUGCUAGAACCAAAAGAUACAGUAAUCCCUGGGAAGAAUGUGGAAAUGAUUGUUAUGGUUGGAUUUCCGGGAUCUGGAAAAUCGACAUUUUCGAGAAAUAUUGCGGAGAAACAUGGAUAUGAGGUGAGGAACUUUUUGAACAUUUUGCCACGGGAUAGCUUUUUUUCAGAUCGUGAGUCGUGAUAUUCUUGGAAGUUGGCAAAAAUGUGUAGCUCGAGCUAAAUUUUUAUUGAAAGAAGGAAAAAGUGUUAUCAUAGAUAACACAAAUCCUGAUAAAGAAUCAAGAAAAAGAUAUACGGAAUUGGCGAAAGAAUUGAAUAUUGCAUGUCGAUGCUUCAAAAUGGCGUGUCAUUUGGCACAAGCUCAACAUAAUAUUCGAUUCCGUGGUUUGACAAAAGAGGGAAGUCAGGAAAUUAGUACGAUGGUUUUGCGAAUGCAUAACUCGAAAUAUGAGGAACCCGAGUUAUCCGAAGGUUUUGAUGAAAUUGUUACGGUUAAUUUCAAACCCGAAUUUGAAAAUGAAGAACACAAAAAAUUAUUUUCAAUGUUUCUUGUAGAAUAA